AAUCACUGUGUGGCCAUGAACGUAACGAACGAAGCACUACAUCACUAGUCGACCACUAAUACUGUGUUUGUGAGCACGCGUCAAACAGUAGUGUUUAACUUUUAAUUCAGUGAUAUUUUAAAUUUAAAAAAUCAGAUCAAAAUGAACGUGACUGUGGUCGCUGUAGGCCCGCAGCCCUCGACCCUGGUGUGCCCCUCCUGCAGGGCCACGGUUCAGACCAGGGUAGACCGCAAAGCUACCACAAAAACCCACAUUAUCGCUCUAGUCCUCUGCCUGUUCCUUUGCUGGCCAUGUGUAUGCGUGCCGUACUGCAUGGACUCAUGCCGGAAUGCAGAUCACUAUUGCCCUAACUGCAACUCCUACAUAGGCACAUACCAAAGCUAGUUUUUUUUUAGUUAGAUAACUUAAGUCUGGCGAAAGUUGUCCCGCAAGAAAUGAUUACAUAUUGAUAGCACAUCAAAUGAAACACAUAAACUUCACUCUAUGCAGAAGCAGCCCCAUGAGAACGUUACGCGUGUACAAGUAACUGUGAUAUGCCCACUUUAGGACCCUGUCGCACUUACUAAUUUGAUAUUUAGUGAGACUUAUAGUUUAAUUUGACAAAAUAGUUAAUGUGAUAUGAUACUAAAGUGUACCGAAUUCGAUAAGCCCAGUUUCAUAUAAACCUUCCCUCCCAAGACCGCAACGCUUCUGGGACUACUUCUGUGUAUACUGAUCUUGAAUAAGAUUCUUGAAGAUCCUACUAUGAUCCAAAAAAACUUCUAAAGACAAUAUAAUGUAUGUUUGUGUUGAUGGCUUGUAAUUUGAUACUUUGAAGGCUGACUUGCCAAUCUGUGUGAAACAAUUUCGCAUAUUGCCCAAAUGCGCCGAACGCAUGGAAGCACUAAAUACGUCGUUUUGAGAAACGCCUUUCUCGGAAGUUGUAAUAACAGUCAAUUUUUAGAAAAUAAAAACUGUUGUUUGUUUUGUAAUUUGAUGUGCUGUUAAUGUAAUAAGCAUUUGAACAUGUUCGUUUUAAAUAUCAGUUUAAAUACCACGUGUGGCUACCCCAUGUGGAAAUAUUAUGUUAAAUAAAGACUAUGUUUACUUAUAAUAGUACUUAAAUAUAGUUGUAUUAAAUUGACAGGUGUUAGAACAAUGCAUUUUUCUCAUAGGCCGUAUAAUUUCUUCCUGUCUUCUGUCAAAUUAAUCAGCUAUAUUUAAGUUGAUGUUUAUUCAUGAUUGUUAAUGUAAAUUAUAAGUUUUAUUAUCUAUGUAUUAAUUCCAACGUGUAUAUUUACUACUUACUAUUCUCGUGCCUUUUUAUCAACACUCACAAAUAAAUGCCUUUUAUACUUAAGUACAUUGUUAUUCCAACAAAAGAAAAAUAGACAAUGUAAAUAAGUGUUUUAAAUGUAAGUACUCUAUGCGUUUCACUUUAUAUAAAAAUGUGAGUUUUACAAGAUUUUUGAUAAUUUUUUGGUAUUUUUCUCAUUGUGAAAGAUGUUAGUAAUAAAUAUUUAUAAAUGUUUAAAAUGUUGCACGAAAAUUAUUUGAGUGGUACAUACCUAUACGCACAAUCGGUUUUAAGACGAUACUACCUUUUAUAAUUAUUAUACUAUAUAUAGCAAGAAAUGCAAAUAUAAAGCCAUUAUCUUCUUCCUUAGAUCUUUUUUUCACUUAUUUAUUUUUCCUACUCUUCCAGUUUUUAUUAUCUGUAAAAGUUAUUUAAGUUUUAUAUUAUAAUACACGUAAACAUUUAUUGCCGUGGGGAAAUGAGCAAACAUUUAUCAUAAUUCUUUUAUUUAAAUAAUAAUCCUAUAAUAUUUUCUGACUUUCUAUAAUAAAGGGUGUUAGUGACAACGUAACGAAAACUUUGAGGGAUAAUUCAACCCAUGAUUCUCAGUUGAUAUCAAGUGGAAAAUUCCAUUACAAAAGUUUGGAACUGAAAAUUAUUUUAAAAAACACGAAAAUUUUCAUAAUUCUCCGACAGGAAAUGCCACUUGAUCUCAGAACCAUGGUAUGAACCAUCCCCGUAUUCGUUACGAUGUCACUAUAUACCUAUAUAUAACUUAUAAGUAUUUGUAUUUUUUGUGCUAUUCUCUACCUAAGUAAGUAUAUAAAAAUGUUUUCCAACAAUGAAAUUAAAAGAUAUAGUGCUGUCACACUGGAGUUAUAACAUUUAUAAAAAUUUUCUUAAACGUUAUUUAACUCUAUAUAAUUAUCAGUAGAUUACAAUUUGUUUACGUUUUCAAAAAUAAUUCAACCGUAUACUAUUUUAUAACCAUCUGUAGUCUUAGCAUGGCUCCUGCAAUGUUUCAUUAUAUUUUGUCUGGCUCAUUUAUCGCCUUAUAUGCGAGUGCCGUGCUACGGCUAAUAGAUGGGAUCUAUGAUGUACCUACCCCGUACAACCUGCUGUCGCGGGAUGUUGUUAACAAAAGAUUACAAUUUAUUAAAUGUUACAUUACAUAAUAUCAUAAUGACAACUAUUGUAACUAAUAAAAAACAUGUUUUUAAACAUUUAAAGCGGUGGUGUGGUAGCACCAUAAAGUUAAUUUAUGUUUCACUAUUUUGCCUAUGAUGUGUGUUUAAGUACCAAGUGUGCGUAUACCUUCCUCUUUACAACUAAUAAAACGUCUUGUCACAGUUUUCCGAAUAUUUUAUAUAUGUAUAUUAAUGAAAGUUUAAAAUAUAGUUUUGUAAGUAAAAUA